AUGGCUCCUACUCUGCUGGCUUGCGGAUCCAAUACUUCAUCUCAUCUAGCAUUGAACCAUCCUGAUGAUGUAUCUUUCCUCACAUCCACAAUAUACCAUCCCUCGCUGCCGUCACUUCCAUCUUCAUGUAACAUACUAUAUCUUGUGUCCUCUUCAGCCCAUUCACUACUUCUCCUAACUAUUCCUGAUACUGUUCAUAGGGAGAAAUCGACGAAUAUUUUACUUGGAGCAGGAACCAAUACAUUUGGACAACUCGGACCGCGAUGUGCGUUAUGGGAUGACAUCAAACCAGAAUCAAGGUGGAAACCGCUCAGUUUAAUCAAGUCAAGUACUGUCGAGGGAGACUGGGAACCGGUCAAGAUCGCUUCAACGUGGACUACUAGUAUAGUGGUAUAUCAACGGAUCUCAUGUUUCCCUCAAUCUGAACCAGAACGUGUGGAAUCAUCAUCAGGGUCAUCAGCCAUUCCUACCCAGCGAGAAGAGAAGGUUGAUCAGAUAGUAGUAUCGAGCGGAUCGAACGAUUUUGGUGAAUUAGGGUCCUCGUCUCCGAUAAUGCUCAACGCCCCUGCAGAAAUACCAAUCUCCCAAGCAUCUCAGAACUCUACUGUAGUCAAUCUGGGUCUGAAGAAAGGAGAAAAAGUUGAAAUCAUCAGAGGUGGGCAAAGACAUGUUAUCGUUGUCAUUUCCGAUAAGAAUGGUCGUCAAAGGGUAGCGGGAUGGGGUACGAAUAGGAAAGGUGAAUUAGAUCCCUCAACCCUGUCUAAAAACAUCAACAGCGAAGUAGAUGGAGGAUCGAGCUCAAACGGAAAGGGUAAGGGCAAGGGAAAGUCAAAUGUUGUUCGAUCUGCUACUUCGCCACCUAUUGUCAUCAACUUAGCUAUCCCCGAAGGAGAGAAGAUACUGGAUAUCUCACUAGGCGCAUCGCAUACUCUUGCUUUACUUUCGAACGGAAGGCUUUUGGCUUGGGGCAGCGACCUCAAAGGGCAAAUAAGUGGUAUACACGAGUUAGAUGGCGUAAUAGGUAUAGCAGCUACUUGGGGUGGAUCAUAUUUCUUAACUUCAAAAGGUCUAUACUCACAAGGAUCAAAUACGCAUUCUCAACUCCUUCGAGGGACGCAAGCAGGAUCAGGGUCCGCGAGAGGUAAAGUGGAAUUAGAAGAAGGUUGGAAAGUGGUAAAGAUAGUUGCUGGAACAGAACAUUUACUGGUUCAUGCUCAGAAAGGAGACAAGGAUGCUCUGUUCAGUGGAGGAUGGAAUGAACAUGGUAAUCUAGCGUUAGGUGAUCAAAUCGAUAGGAACAUAUUGGAGAGAGUGGAUGUUGAAGGGUUGAUUAAGGGUCUAUGGGGUGGUUGUGCGAGUACAUGGGUCUGGUUAGAUGACACCACUGCAUCGGCGCAGGAGUAA